GGCAGCCACACCUCAGCAAGGUCUUUCUAACUUUGGACAGCAAAGUUCAAGUGAACUAACAGGUACAAACUGUAAAAAGAGUCCUGAACUGAUACAGGAGGAGAAUCUUUACUGCACAAUUGCCCUCCAAAGCUACCUGACACAGGGCCUGGGCCUUAAGAGGACAAAGGAAAGGAAAUGGACCAUCUCUUAUAAUACCUGGAAUCGAUCCAAGCCUGGAGAGAAAAUGACGGGUUGCAGCUAGAAGAUAAUAACACCGGCAAUGGAACCCUUAUACGAGGAAUAUCUCACACAUGGUGGAACAAUAGUCAAACCUUAUCACUGGUUAAACUUCUCUCUAGACUGCACUAACUGUCCUUACCAUAUCCGGACAGGUGAGGAAGCAAGAGUUCCCUACACAGAAUUUCAUCAGGUUUUUGGAUUCCCUCAUGGGCCAACAUAUCCUCCAACAAAACACCUCACAUUUUAUGAACUAAAAACUUCUUCUGGUACCCUGGUGCAAAAAGGCCAUGCUAGCAAUUGCACCGGGAAUGACACCCACCCAGAAUCAAUGCUAUUUGAGAUGAACGGUUACCUUGAUUCAGCCAUACACAGUAAUAGCACCAUUAAGCAUAUCAUUCUGUAUUUAAACAACUUCCCUUGUAAUGAAGCUAACCAUUGCUGCAUCAGCAAAAUGUACAAUUUCCUGAUGAUGUAUCCAGAUAUCACUCUUAGUAUUUACUUUUCUCAGCUCUAUCAUACUAAAAGUGAAUUUCCUACCUCAGCAUGGAACCUCGAAGCUCUCAGAAGCCUGGCCAGCUUAUGGCCCCAGGUCACACUGAGUCCAAUAAGUGGUAUGAUUUGGCAUUCUCUCCUCAACAACUUUGUUAUGGGUGUCUCAGGACCAGCUGCUUUCCAGCCCAUUUUAACAGGGAGAGCAUUGGCUGACAGACACAAUGCAUAUGAAAUCAGUGCCAUAACAGGAGUGAAACCUUACUUCACUGAUGUUCUUCCCCAGACAAAAGCGAAUCAGAACAUAAAAGCUCAGGUAGCUUCAGGGAGCUAUCCCUUAAGCAAUGUCUUUGCAGGACAGUCUUUCCAAGGGACAAAAGGACAACUGCAACACAACCUGACUCCAGACCUCAGAAUUCCUGUUGUUUUUGUGCUGGUGCCUUACAGAGAUCUACCACCAACCCAGGUUGGUCAAAACCUGCAUAAACCCAGGCAUGUGGUAAGGCACUUAAAUAUGCCUCAAAUGUCAAUCUACGAAAACAAAGACUCAAAAAACUUCCCAUCGGAAGACUAGAGGAGAUAGUGG